GAAAAAGCAAUUCGCAAAUAACAGUAUAGAAAAAAAGAAAUACUUACAAAGUAUACAAGAAACUAAUAUACUUGAAACGCUUGGUUUCAAAAAAUACGACAAUGGUCCUCCGCGUCUGGGUUGGCUUAUUAAUAUUAGUGGACCUCGAGCCGGAGACGAUUCAUAUUUCAGAUGUACAAUCCAUUAUUAUCCAUAUUUCUUUGUGAAAUGUCAGCCCGGAACGGAACAUACCGUUGGAGAAUAUUUAGGAAGAAAGUAUGACCAAUAUAUAUACAAAAUAUCAUACGUAGUAAAACAGGAUCUAAAAAAAGCAAAUCAUUUAAUCAAUGGUGAUCAAAUUUUUAUAAAACUCGAGUUUUGGAACGUCAUGGAAUUAGUGACAGUGCGAAAUCAACUUUUUCGCAUUGCGGCUGAGAAUCGUAAAAAUUUGAAUAUUGUCAACAUAUAUGGAAAUAAUUCAAGUUAUGGAAGUAAAUAUUCAGAAGUAGGGCAAAAAGAUAAAAUAUUGGAUGAUAUUAUCGAUCUUCGUGAAUAUGACAUACCUUAUUAUCAACGAGCUGCUAUGGACCUUGGCUAUAGAGUUGGUCAGUGGUAUACUGUCUCGACCUUACCCCAAGAUGAUGGAGUACAGAUUAUAAUGCGUCAUUGUGAAGACAUAAAGCAACGUGGGGACCCGGUUAUUCUCGCAUAUGAUAUUGAAACCACAAAAAAACCACUCAAAUUCCCUGACUCUGCCAACGAUCCAAUAAUGAUGAUAUCUUACAUGAUAAAUGGCAUGGGAUUCCUCAUCACUAAUCGUGAAAUUGUUGCUGAAGAUAUUGAAGAAAUCGAAUAUUCUCCAUCAACUCAAUACAAAGGAUCUUUUAAAAUAUUUAACGAACCGAAUGAGGCAAAACAAAGACCAACUAUAAUUGUAACGUAUAAUGGUGACAAUUUUGAUUGGCCUUAUGUUGAAGAUAGGGCUUCAAAAUAUGAUAUUAAUAUGUAUAAAGAAAUUGGCUUUAAAAAAAAUGCAAAUGACGAGUAUGUAAGCAAGCAUUGUUCGCAUAUGGAUUGCCUACAUUGGGUGAAAAGAGAUAGCUAUCUCCCCGUUGGAAGUCAAGGCUUAAAGAAUGUUACUCACGCCAAAUUGGGUUAUAAUCCUGAUGAACUAGAUCCAGAAAUCAUGACAAAGUUCGCAUAUGAAGAUCCACAUACGUUGGCACAGUAUUCUGUUUCUGAUGCCGUGGCCACGUAUUAUCUAUACAUUGAAUAUAUUCAUCCAUUUAUUUUUUCACUUUGUAAUAUUAUCCCAUUAAAUCCGGAUGAUAUAUUGCGAAAAGGAACUGGGACUUUAUGUGAAGCAUUAUUAAUGGUGGAAGCAUACCAUGCCAACAUUAUAAUGCCAAAUAAACACGAAGAAAAUGAUGAAGUGUUCUUUAAAGAUCAUCUUUUACAGGAUGAAACAUAUAUUGGAGGUCACGUCGAUGCCUUAGAGGCUGGUGUUUUUCGGUCGGAUAUACCAGUCGCCUUUGAUAUCGAUCGUGCAGCUAUCCAACAGGUUUUUAUAAGUGUUAACCAAUAUGUUUCAUUGGAAUUUGCAAUCUGGGAAACAUUCAGAGAUGCAGAAAGAAAUGUUGAAACUGCUUUUAGCGGGAGAGAUCAAAUUCGAAAACAAAUUAUAGAUGAAAAAUUAUCGGAGAUCACAAAUUAUGAAGAGGUUCGAUCGCAAAUCGUGUCCGCUCUAGAAGCUCUUAAAGAAGGAGAGCAACCACUUGAGCAAACACCUCUAAUUUAUCAUUUAGAUGUCGCUGCUAUGUAUCCAAAUAUAAUUCUUACAAAUAGACUCCAACCUGAUUCAAUUGUCACUGAUGAAGUGUGUAUUAGGUGCGAUUAUAACGUCCCUGAAAAAAAAUGUGAUAGAAGAAUGACUUGGUCAUGGCGAGGAGAUUUUUAUCCUGCAAAGACGAAUGAGUAUAAAAUGAUUAAGAAGCAAUUAAUGUCUGAAAUAUUUCCAGGAAAAAAUCCCGGGGAUAAAGGACGUGCUUAUUACCUUUUAAGUCUGGAAGAACAAGCUGCCCUUCUGAAGAAACGUCUUGGUGAUUAUUGUCAAACAGUCUACAAAAGAAAAAAAGAAACAGAGGUGGAACAAAGAGAAGCCAUAGUUUGUCAGCGUGAAAAUCCAUUUUAUGUCAAUACAGUCUUAAGUUUUCGUGAUCGAAGAUACAAAUAUAAAGAUGACGUUAAAGAAUGGAAAAAGAAAUUGGCAGAAGCAACAAAAAACGAAGACCUCGUAAAGAUUGAAGAAGCUAAAAAAAUGAUCAUUUUAUAUGACUCAUUGCAGCUGGCUCAUAAAUGUCUCCUUAACUCCUUUUAUGGUUAUGUUAUGCGUAAAGGUUCUCGAUGGUAUUCAAUGGAAAUGGCUGGUGUAGUAUGUGAUACAGGUGCGAAAAUUAUUCAAAUGGCCAGACAAUUGAUUGAAAAAAUUGGAAGGCCUCUCGAACUUGAUACGGAUGGAAUUUGGUGUAUUCUUCCUUCAACGUUCCCGGAAAAUUUUACAUUUGAAUUAUCUUCCGGAAAAACAUUUUCAAUUUCAUAUCCUUGUACAAUGCUGAAUUACUUGGUGCACCAAAAGUUUACUAAUGACCAAUAUCAGAAGUUUUCCCAGAAAGAAAGGAAAUAUGAAAUUGGUAAAGAAAAUAGUAUAUUUUUUGAGGUUGAUGGGCCAUAUCGAGCAAUGAUUUUGCCUUCCUCCUUAGAAGAGAAUAAGCUUUUAAAGAAACGUUAUGCUGUAUUUGCUCAUGAUGGCACUUUACAAGAGUUGAAGGGAUUUGAGGUGAAGCGGCGUGGCGAACUCAAACUUUUAAAAAACUUUCAAGAAUCUAUAUUUCAAGUUUUCCUUAAAGGGGAGACAUUAAAGGAUUGUUAUGCUGAAGUUGGAAAAGUUGCAAACGCUUUUUUGGAUGUACUUGAACAAAAAGGUGCCACUCUUUCCGAUGAAGAGCUAAUAGAUAGUAUUAGUGAAAAGCGAGGAAUGUCACGUUCUCUAGAAGACUAUGGUGAACAAAAAUCUACAUCUAUUACGGCUGCAAAACGUUUGGUAGAGUUUCUGGGUACAGACAUGGUCAAAGACACUAAGUUAACAUGUCACUUCAUUAUAUCGGCUAAACCUUUAAGGGAGGCAAUAAGUGAACGAGUGAUCCCAAUAGCUAUAUUUUCAGUUGAAGAAAAUGUAAAGAGACAUUAUUUACGAAAAUGGCUUAAAGAUCCAAAAAUGGAUGACUUUGACAUUAGAAAUAUCUUAGAUUGGACUUAUUAUUAUGAACGCCUUGGUUCUGCAAUUCAAAAGCUUAUUACGAUUCCUGCAACAGCACAAAACGUUGAAAAUCCUAUUCCGAGGUUAAAACAUCCUGAUUGGCUUCGCAAAAAAUUAGCAGAAAAUGGUGAUAAAAAUCAACAAAGGCGUAUUACUGAUAUGUUUGAAAGAAGAACAGAUAAUAUGGUUAUCGAUGAUACAGUCACUCAUGAUGAUCAGCCAAAUUAUAUGGAUGAUAUUGAAGAUUUUGGAACAUCUAGCUCAAGUAAUUCAAACGUACCAAUACCAAAAUGCAAAAAGAGACCAAUUGGAAAAUCAUACUUUGAUGAGUCAAGACAAGAAGAAGAAUCGAUGGUAAUCGAUGAGUCAAGACAAGAAGAAGAAUCGAUGGUAAUCGAUGAGUCAAGACAAGAAGAAUCGAUGGUAAUCGAUGAGCCUCAACAUGAAGACAUUGAUGAUACUGAAAUAAAUGAUCAUCUAUCGGCAAAACGUCAAAAAGUUGAUGAAAAAAGUAAAGAAACAAUCGCAAGUACUAAAAAAAAGAAAGACAAGAAUUCGGUUAAAAAGUCUCUUCUUGAAAGCUUUUGUGGUCAAAAAAGUCGGUGGGAAGUUUUACAGAUAGCCGAGACAGAUAUUCCAGGGGAAUUUCGUAUGUGGGUUCUAAUAGGUGGUGCAACGCAUGCAAUUCGUCUCAAUGUUCCCAAAAAGUUUUAUAUUAACCAUAGGCUACAGAAUCUUCCAAAUGAAAUGGAAAAAAUUAUUGAUGAUAAAGGAAGCAUUUCUAGAGUAAGCCGAACGUUGCCGGGGACACAUGAACGAUACAAUUUAUUUGAAGUGAUAAUGCCAGAGCUUAUUUACCGGCAGAAUCAAAAAUUGCUACUAAAUAUCUUCAAUGAUCCUCUUGUUGAAGGCGUUUACGAGACUCGAAUCACGUCAUUGGAACGAGCGGUAGUAGAGAUUGGAUGUAUUAUAAGUAAAGAUAGCGUAAAAAAUGGUAUUUUCAAAUCGGCACCUCGAAAGGGCAUGGGUUUACAAGAUAUUAUAAAAACAGAAAUCUUUCAAAAUACGCCAUAUUUAGAAGAGUAUCCAAUCAAUUAUUUAUAUUUAUGCCGCGUAAUGUCAGGUGAUCGUCAUAUUUAUGGCUUGUUUUCUACGGUACGCAACAAUGCACACAUUUUCUUAGUGGAAAAAAGUAAAGUCAAAUCUCAUUUGCCACAUUUGCCAAAUGCUUACGCCACUAUGUUGGAAAGAAAUCCUAAAUAUGACAGCGAAGUAUUUAAUUAUCAUAAAGAACUCAAUUUUGAAGUGUCCACACACGUCAGAGAUGAUAAAAAAACUUUUCCGAAAAAACUAUCUAGAGUGAUUAAAGAAUAUAAAGAAGGAAGAAAUGGGUCGACUAUUGUAAUAGUUCAGUCGGCAAUGACAUAUUAUAAUUUAAUUGAGGAAGGAGUUAAAAACCUUCUGGAAUUUCCAUCGAUGUAUAUAAGCUCAAACGAAAAGGAUAAUUUGCCUUCAUUGGAUUGGCAACGACAUGCUUUUUCGCUUAUGAUAUCUAAAUAUCUUCUCGUUGGAGAAAGAAUUAAGCAGAGAAUUAAAAAAGCGAGAUAUGCAAGAAUUCCUUUUUGUAAUCUUAAUAAUGACAAUUUUAUUUUUAUUGCGGAUGUAUUAUUUGCUAGAAAAUUAAUUAAAAAUGACAUUAUUCUCUGGUGGUCGCCUAGUCGCAAACCAGAUUAUGGAGGGCGUGAACAAGAUGAAUAUCUUGAAUAUUUGCAUCAUUCUGAUGCAAUCGGAAAUUAUGGUUUUGUUAGUACACCAGGAAUACACGAGAACAUAUGUUUCGAGGUUCAACUAAAUAAUUUGUUUUUAAACACAAUCCUGAGCGCUACAUGGAUCAAUCAAAAUGAAGGAUCCAUACAACUUUUUGGAGAUGAGAUGCCAUUGGCUACGUUUACGGCACUUAAAUCAAUGGUUAAAGAUUGGUAUAUGGAAGCAUCCAAUUCACAAAACGAAAUCGCAAAAAUCCUUAUUCGUGAUUUACAAAUUUGGCUUAGUACGGUCAAUUCAAAUUUCUAUGACUGCAAUAUUUAUGGAGUUAUUUACACUUUAAUGAGUAAAGUGGUAAUGCAAUUUAUUGCUGAGCUCAGAAGGUCUGGCGUUGAAAUCGUUUUUAGUAACCUUUAUAAAAUGAUAAUUGCGACAAGCAAGAAUGAACUGGAGAUUGCUAAAGAAUACUGUAAAUUUGUUGUGAAAUCCAUAGAGCAAAAACCGAUAUUUCAAACAUUAAAUGUUAUUUAUACAAAAUCUUGGGCUAAUAUGGUUUGGUUAGAUUCGAAUAAUUCUGGUAGUCAAAGAAAAGUCGGUAAAGUCGAAUGUAGCUGUGGUCUUGUGCAGCCAAUAGACGUUACAUCACCAAUAUGUAUCAAUUGUGAGAAAAACUUUCAAUUGGAGCAACUUGAAUUUAGCUUAUUAGAGGCCAUAAAUGAACAAGUCGAAAGCUACCAAGAGCAAGAAUCAUAUUGUUUAAAAUGUAAUCUUCCUCAGAAAAAUUUCUGUCGAGAAUGUACUUGCGGCGGUGCAUAUCGGCAAACCAUUAGUAGAGAGGAUUUUAUGGAUGUCGUCACCAACAUUGAAAGAUUUGCGCAGGAGAAUGAAAUGAAGCUUUUAUUGGAAACAUGCGAAUGGAAUUCCAAAUUUAGAACUAAAAAAUUUCCCACGGUUGUUAGGUACCUACAAUAUCAUGAUAGUUUUGAUUGUUUACCAAACUUAGAUGCGCAAUUUCGGAUAUUUUACCGAUUGGCUACAGGCUAUCAAGGCUUGGAGACAGGAAGUCGGGAUAUCGUUUCUCAUGCAGUUCGUCAAGGAUCAAUUACCUUUGUAUUCCAAUCUCCUCUUAAUCCGAACGAUAAAUUGAUGAGUGAUCAUCAAAGUCUUCAUGGUGACGGUGUCAAAGAUGUUGCAUUCACAGUUGAUGAUGCCCGCAGUCUAUGGAAGGGUGCAAUAGAAAGAGGUGGAAAACCGAUCAGAGAGCCUUGGGAGGAAACAGAUGAAUACGGAACUGUCGUAAUGGCCACAGUUGGCACUUACGGUGACACAGUCCAUACUUUUGUUGAAAGGACUAAUUAUCAUGGCGUUUUUCUACCAAAUUUUGUUACGACAACCUUUGAGGAUCCAUUAGAAGUGACCUUACCACCUACACACUUACAAUACUUGGAUCAUGUUGUAGGCAAUCAACCUGAUUUAGAGAUGGAACAAAUUUGUGAAAUGUAUGAAAAGGUUUUCGACUUUCAUCGCUUUUGGUCAGUCGAUGAUAAACAAAUCCAUACCGAAUACUCUUCAUUGCGUUCAGUAGUAAUGGCUGAUUAUCAUGAAAGAAUAAAAAUGCCAAUAAACGAGCCUGCAAUAGGUCGUAAAAAGUCCCAAAUUCAAGAAUUUAUUGAAUAUUAUGGUAGUGCAGGUGUUCAACAUAUUGCCUUAAGAACAGACGACAUAAUUACUAGUGUGACGAACCUUAAAUCCCGUGGCUUAGAAUUUCUCACUAUUCCUUCUACUUAUUAUGAUGACCUUCGUUCACGCCUUUCUACAUCCAAUACUAAAAUUCUCGAAGAUAUUGACCUAUUACAAAAAUUACAUAUAUUAAUCGAUUACGAUGAAGAAGGCUAUCUUCUUCAGAUAUUUACAAAGCCAUUGCAAGAUCGACCUACUUUGUUUAUUGAAGUCAUUCAACGCCAUAAUCAUCAAGGUUUUGGAGCCGGAAAUUUCAAGGCGUUAUUUGAGGCCAUUGAACGUGAUCAGGAUGCGCGUGGAAAUUUGUUCUAA